ACUAAUGAAUGCAGAUACUUGAGAAGAGUAGAACACAAUGGCUGCAUCCCCCUGGGGUGGAUCAUAUGUCUGCUUCCCUUGCUCCUUCCCCUUGACAAAAACACACCCUUUAGUACCAGCAUAAUCAAUGGGGAGUGGUGCUGGAGGGGGUGGCUACAGCAGUUUGCCUGCUUGUGAUUCGCUGACAUGCGCUCUAAUUGGAUCAAGUAGGAACUUGCUUAGCUGGAUGCUUGUGCUGGGAUUGGGAGCAGCCUGCAAAGAGAGCACGGACACACCACCAGACAGGAAGAGAGGCAGAGAGGGAGGAGGCCAAAGGCUGCCCUGCUCACCACUUGGAGAGGAAAGAUUCAGAGAGGAGGGGUGAGAGAAGAAAAAGGGGAGUAUCCCGUCUUCUCUGCCCUUCUGUGCUACUGCAGCCCCCUCCCCCCCCUCCCUCUCUCUAUGAUUCUCUUUCUCUCUCUUUCCCCUUACUCAUCUGUUUCAGUGGCUGCGCUGAGAGGAAGGGCACCUGCCGCUCCCUGAUGAUUCAGCCUUUCAGCUACUUGGAGCUCCACAGACAAGACAGCAUGUCCCUCCUGCCACUGCAGUGCCUGGCCGUCCUGUCCUCUGCACUACAGCUACUGCAGCUGCAGCCGACUCAUCACGUCAACGCCGCCUCUUCUGCCCAAGUGCUCAGCAAAUUUGACAGUUCUAUUUAUAGACUCAUAAUUGCGUUUCCUGUGAGAAAGCAUGAGUAAGGAACUCCUUUCCCUCGUGCGCAGAAGGUUGUCUACAUACCUCCCAGACUGCUAACAAGGUCCGACUCACUCUGAAGAACAUUUUUACCUCCCUCUGAAAUUCCAGCUCUGACUCUGCAACCUCAUGAUGGAAAACAUACUCGAGGAGACUAGUGGCAGACAGCCACUGUGUGAUACUCUGAGUUAAUAGUUGAGGUGUUCAGAGACCCUUCAUCCAGCAGUUGGCAAGGAUGACUGAGGGAAUGGAGGACUUCUCUGCAGGGCCAGCUCCCCCUCCUGGCUCGGCCUCCCCCACCAGCUCUACUGUUGAUACUGGACAAGUCCCAGAGGAGAAACCAGAGGAGACAGAGGCAGCUGGUGAGAGUGGGGAGGAGGGUGCAGAGGGAACUGCAGAGGGAGGUGUUGGCGGUGAUGGGGAGCAUUUGGGGGCUUUGGGAAUUGUGGCCUUGCCAGGGACCUGCUGUGUGUGCAUAGAGAUGGAACAGAUUAACAAUUGCCUGCACUCUGAGAAAAUCUGCAUUCUGCCCAUCCUGGCCUGUCUGCUUAGCUUAGCCCUCUGCACAGCGGGCCUCAAAUGGGUCUUUGUGGAUAAGAUCUUUGAGUACGAACCACCCACACACUUAGAUCCUAAACGCAUCGGACAGGACCCAAUUAUCAUAUCAGUUGACCCCACGCUGGGACUAACUGUGUCCAUUCCUCAUUCAUCUCCGUCUACUGUCUCCUUGACCACCGCCAUCGCCAUUACCCCAGGACGUCCUGACGUUUUAGUGGAAGAGAAAUCUACACGAGGGCCGUACGUGCCUCAGUCGCCACGAGUGACUCAGUCUGAUCCCUCUAUUACACUGAAAUACAACGCUGAACAACCCACCGUCCCAAAGCAGACUCCCCACCCACAGACAACACAGGACUUAAACAACAUCUUCAUCUCAACAAUCUCUGCCACCAGCACCACCACUACAGCCAAGACCUCUAGUCAUGUGACACGCUGCAGUGACAGCCAGAAGAACUACUGUGUUAAUGGAGGGGAGUGCUUCACCCUUGAAAUCAUGCCAGGCAGCACAAAGUUUCUCUGCAGAUGUCCAAAUGAAUUUACUGGUGAUCGCUGCCAAAACUAUGUAAUGGCCAGCUUUUACAAACAUCUUGGGAUUGAAUUUAUGGAAGCUGAGGAGCUGUAUCAGAAACGUAUUUUGACAAUAACAGGAAUCUGCAUUGCACUCCUAGUCGUUGGAAUCAUGUGUGUGGUUGCCUACUGCAAAACAAAGAAGCAAAGGAAGAGGCUUCAUGACCGUCUGAGGCAGAGCCUGAGGAAUAAGAGGAACAACAAUACCAAUACUGGUAUUGGCCCCAACCUGGCAAGCUCAGCCAGAGGACGUCAGAUUUCUAACUUGCCUCUUCAAGAUUUGCAGCUUAUCAAUCAAUGUAAUGGGACGACUAUGCAGCAUGCAGCUGAGAAGGAGACAGAAACAACCUUCUCCACAAGCAAAUAUGCCUUAUCCGUGCAUGAACCCACCACAUUCACCCACAUCUCCAGCCAAAGGUUUGAUUCUGCCAUGACAACCCUGACUCGACUGUCUCUGGUGUCCCGGGCCUCUCUUGCAACUCCAGGGUCUCCUCCAUCAGAGAUGUCAGCCCCCCUGUCCAGCUUGGCCAUCUCUGUCCCUUCAGUGGCUUUAAGCCCCUCCGGUGAGGAGGAGCGACCCCUGCUGUUGUCGAACACACGUCAGCCACAUAAGUCCUCAAGCCGAGAACAGAAGAGGACCUCUGCCCACUACAACCAUGGCCAUGUCGCACAUAGCUUACCACCUAGCCCACUGUUUACUAAAGAGAAUGGCAACUACCAAAUCAUAGGUGACCAUGAAAUCACAGCUGCCAGCCAUAUGUUCUCAGCAUCACCCGAGAAGCUACUUAAUACAAACAACAACAUCAACGACUGCAGCACCAAAACAGCAGGAGUCACCAAUGGCCAUUUACUGCAUAAUGUGGAGUCCAGUGGUGACAGCAUGCUAGUGAGCGAAACAGAGGAGCCUCAGGGGGUACACACACCCUUCCUUACUACAGAUAGCACUACAGCCCUGUUACUCAGGGCCAUGGACAGCAGCAGGACUAACCCAGCAUCACCAAAUGAUGACUUGCAAGUUAAGUCAUCCAGUUCCACCACCAAACAAGAUCCAGUUGCUGUGUAAAGUAAAAACAGAUUGCUGAGAAUCCUUUAUGUUGAGGGAAAAAAGGAAUAAUCACUAUUAAACCUUUAUUUUCUAUAAAUUAUUUGCUGUGUAAAUGAAAAAUGAAACUUUUAUUUUAGUGAUGUAGUAAAUAAAGAGUUUUAUAAAAAGUGAUCAAAUGUGUUCAUGUCUUGUAGGUAAAGUGCCAUACACUAGUAUGUAGCAACGGUUCACAGUAUAUUUCAGUGCAGAAAAAAAUAUCAAUGGUGCCUUUCUGUUUGGUAUGCUUAAGGGAACUGCAACAUUGCAUACUGGGCCAUAUAUUCACCAUCUUAAUCUUCCAGUUAACAAUCAAAAAUAACUUGCUGGCUGCUUUUUGCGUCCUGCAGUUGGAAGUGCUCACUGACACGACAGUUUGAUAUUAAAUUUAUGCGUACAAGGUGCAUGCUGCGUCCUUAAAUGCUGUGAUGGAAUAAUAAGCAGCUUAUGUCAUUUCCUCUCCAGCCAUUUGACCUCACCAAUUGAUUAUCUGAUGUCCUUUGUAUGGAUUUUGGGCUGUCUCACUGAAAUACGAUACUGAACUUCAAUGCCUGGACUGAUGUUUAUAAAUAAAUGAUUAAUCAGCUCAUUACCUGCAUUUGAUGAGAGGUGGAGAAGAUGUUAGAGAUCAUAAUGAUUUUAUUCGUCACCGCCUAAUCUGGUAUCCUGCUGGUAAACAGAUAUUAUAAGUGUUAGAUAAAGGUGCAAUCAGUAAAGUCUGGCUCUUUAACAUUACUAAUACUGUCACUUAUAUGCUUAACAUGCCCUCAUAGAUUUUCUUUUGAGUAAAUUCUAUAUUGGGAUUUGAACUACAUUUGUCAAGUAGUACCAUUUCUAUGCUGAACUGCACUGGUGUUGUAUUGCACUUGCAUAAAGUUUAGGGACUCACAAGGAACAGAUACAAAAACAAAAAGAAAGGUCAAAAUUGAAACAGCAGAGGCCUAAAUAUCCUGACUUUAAGUAGCUAAUGUGGUUCAAGCUCAAUGCUGGAUCCUACAUUUCCCAUAACGCUUGAACGUUUCUUUUUGAAAGAAAAGUUUCAUUUCUUUCUAUGCUGGCAGGUAUCCACAGCUUCAAUGAGUACAAACUGACAGUUAAAGUGGUGCCACCAAAGACAUAACUGCUAGCAUGAAGACCAGCAGUUCUCUAUUUCUUCAAGAGAACACUCCAAUUAAUUGUGCCCUCCAUCACCAGUAUGAUAUUACUGAUUGCAUCUUUAAAUGCAAGAAUAUCUACAAAUACUGAAUGGACGAAUAUAUGCCUCAUUUUGUCCUUUGUGGAGACAUCCAUGUGUUCUUGAGUAAUGCAUUUUGGGGAUUAAAGAAAUUGCUAAAUAUAUAUAUGAUGGUUAACUGCUUUAAUUUGUUCAGUCAUAUAUCUGGUAUGAUAAACAUUUUUUUUUUCAAAUUCAACAUUUUACAAUUUCCAAAGUAUUAUUUUUUCCAACUACUCCACCUUGUGUUCACAUGUGCAGUCUCAUUGUAUGUGUGAUUUAAAAAAAACAAAGUUUUGACAAUGUCUGCUAACAUGAACAUUGUUUAUAAAAAUUUGCCAAAGACUGUUGCCACUUCUAGAUUCUAGAAAAAACAAAUUUAAAUAACCAUUAUUUGGCUCUGUAAUAAAUCAUAGUUUCUUAAAAUGUAUGUAUGUAGAAUCAGCAGUCAGCCUAGUACAUAAGUAAGUAUGAUGACGUGCUGCCCCAUAAUUAGCGUUCUAAUGGUGGCCAUACUUCUGUAUUUUGUAUUUACAUUAAGAUUAGUUAUUAUUUAUUUGGUCAUUCUUGCUAAUUUCAAGCAUUAAUUACUGUUAUAUAGUAUAUACAUUUAUAUUUUAACAAACAUGAUUUAAAAGAUGUAAAAUAUACAUAGCCAUAUGUUCCACAUGAUUAUUAGUGCUAAAUAGAAAAUAACUACUUGCAUAUUUUGUCACUUGUAUGCUUAACAUAACUCACAAUGCAUUGCUUUUAGGCCUAGGAGUGUCUUCAAAUGAUAUAAAUACACCAUGAAAACCUUCA